UCGUCAUCCUUCGACUAUCCACCUCUCCCACAAUGGCCCCCAAGGGCAACGUCUCGACCCGGCUCAACCCGCUGCGGUUGAACACCAUCAACCAUCUUCGCGUCCGCCGGCCCAACCAGCAUGAGCAGAACCCCUGCGUGACUGUCAUGUCCUCUAUGCUGAACUGCUGGGCAUCGCAGGGAUACGGCGUCGAAGGCUGCGCCGGCCUCGAGGCACAAUUGCGCAAGUGCAUGGAUGCACCGAAAUCCCAAGAAAAGAAGAAGAACACCGUCAACUACCACCUGAUGAGAAUGUACCCGAAGGUGGUGGGCCCGCGCAAGAAGGACGGUGUGCUGGGCUAAGUCGCAUUAUCCGGCAUUCCGGGUCCAUGGGAGUUUUGGGAUAUCCACGUCUUGCGACCGAGUC